AUGGUGUAUGCCGUGGCCGCUGCCCCAGAAGGUGUUUUUGAGGCGUUGGAAGGAACGAAUGAUUCGGAUAGUUCCGACGGGUUCGAGUCCAUUCCACUGGUGCUGCGCCAGAACUUCGAUUGGUUCAAAAGAUUCGACCGACUGAAGAUCUACCCGCCGGGCGAUCGCUUCGACGUUGAAAGCCCCGAGACAAUGAACUCUGAGGCAAUGACCUCUGAAACAGUCAACUCUGAAACAGUCAACUCUGAAACAGUCAACGCUGAAACAGUCAACGCUGAAACAGUCAACGCUGAAACAGUGACACCAGACACAAUGACCCCUGAGACAGGGAACCCCAUGAUGGCGAACCCGGUGGUGGUGGCGGUAAAUCCCGAGGUGCCGCCGGAGACAAUCUCGAAGGCGGAAGUGGCUGUGUUUAGCCAACUGAUGAGGCGACUGGCUGACCUGGAGCUGGACGCAACUCAGCCUGAGGCCUGCGAGAACAUCAUUAGCGAAAUCUUCGGAAGGCGACGGGCCGAGCAGCUCGCAUUAGAAACCGGCGAGGAUGAGGUAGCCGUGGUUUAUUCCGGCUGCCUAGAACCCGAGGAGAUUCGGACCCAUCUAAGGUACGCCUCCGCAGAAUGGAGACCUUUGUUCCCAGCGAAGCCGGUGGCAAAUAGCACCGCUACCGAUGGAAUUACCGAAUACGGACCAAAUGAAACGGGCGGAAACAUAAUCAGUAGAGCCCUCGCAGGCUUCAACCGUCACUGCACCCUGCGAUGGCGACUUGCCGGCGUCGGCUGUGCCCUGGGGACGAUCUUCUUGGUCGCCACCGCCGUCUCGAAAAACAGCGGAGACAGAACCUCUGCCAUUUCCAAUGACAUGUUGACCACCAUAGGCAUGAACAACACCACACAAGGCAUGGACAAUGGAGCCGUUACUUCAGUUGUGACAAAACUCCCUUCACUAGUUAACAGGGCGCCCGAUAUUAUUUCGAUGACUGAAACUACCACACAUGAAACUCCGUCCACUUUAGGACGGGCCUACCAAGAUCUCAACAGGGCAAUCAGUUCUCUAUUUACAAAUGCUACCGACUCUCCUACUUCCUCAUUCUCGAUGACAGCCGAACAUUCGACGGACCCUACAGUCGGUGGUCACGUCACUAAUGCCACCGAGCCUGCGACCAGCUCUACCACGCAGAGCACAACACAGCUCGUCACAAACCCGAAAGCAGUGAGCGAAUGGGUAGCCUCGCAAGGAACGACGGGUGGUAGCCUCGUCACUAACGCCACAGAGUCUGAGACCGCAUACGUCUCCAAGGACACUUCGACUACGGAUCCCACGUCCCUCGCGACCCAAUCUACUAAGCAGAGCACCACAACAAAGAGCACAACAAAGAGCACAACAAAGAGCACAACACCGCUCAGCACAACUGCUAAGAGCACAUCCCCGAAAGCAGUGAGCGAAUGGGUAGCCUCGCAAGGAACGACGGGUGGUAGCCUCGUCACUAACGCCACAAAGUCUGAGACCGCAUACGUCUCCAAGGACACUUCGACUACGGAUCCCACGUUCCUCGCGACCGAAUCUACUAAGCAGAGCACCACAACAAAGGGCACAACAAAGAGCACAACUACGAGCACAACACCGCUCAGCACAACUACGAAGAAACCAACCCCGAAAGCGGGGAUUAAGCCGUCGAUUGCCCACUUCUCGAAUGGUAUGCAGACUGCUACCAGCCCGCAAAGAUCUUGA